AUGAACGCCCUCUCCGAAUAUUUGAUGUCCGAUUCCCUCAUCAACCCCAUCCUCGAUGGCGGCUAUCUCCCACAUUCUCUGAUACGGCUCGGUAUCCGUCGUCAAUUGUCCCAACGCCUGCAGGAAAUCGCGACCCAAUCUUUAUCCGAAGCUUACGAAUCUAAGAUGCGCUACGUGAAGCUGCUCCGGGAAAGGCCCAUUGCAAUUGAAACGAAGAAGGCGAAUGAGCAGCAUUACGAGGUGGGAACGGGUGUGUUGCAAGGUAUGCUGGGCCCGAAGAUGAAGUACAGUGCGUGUUUGUACGAGAAGGGGGAUGAGACCUUGAGUGAGGCGGAGGUCAAGAUGUUGGAUGUUUAUGUGGAGAGGGCAGAGUUGAAGGAUGGCAUGAGGAUUUUGGAUCUGGGAUGCGGCUGGGGUUCUGCUUCCCUCUUUUUCGCAGAGCGUUUUCCUAACUCUCAGAUCACCGCAUUCUCCAACUCGCGAACCCAAAAGGAGUACAUUGACGGCGUGGCUAGAUCGAGAAGCUUCACUAAUCUUACUGUAAUUACUGGGGAUGCUGCCCACUACGAGUUCGAAGCCGAGAGUUUCGAUCGCGUGGUCUCCAUUGAGAUGUUUGAGCACAUGAAGAAUUACCAGUUGCUUCUGGAGAAGGUGUCGAGAGCAUUAAAGCCAGGCGGGAAGCUGUUUCUUCACAUCUUUUGUCACAAAGAUACGCCGUAUGACUUUGAGGGUGGGUGGAUGAGCGAGUUUUUCUUCACGGGUGGGACUAUGCCCUCGGCUGAUCUCCUACUAUACUUCCAAUCCAGUCUCUCAGUACAACGACAAUGGUGGGUAAAUGGGCAACACUAUGCGCAAACCUGCGAAGACUGGCUCAAGACCAUGCUUCGCAACAAAGAUAGCAUCUGGCCCGCUCUCGUGGAAACGUACGGCGAGAAAGACGUAAUCACAUGGUGGAACAGGUGGCAAAUUUUCUACAUGGCGUGUGCAGAAUUAUUCAAGUGGGAAGGCGGCGACACAUGGGGUGUCACGCAUCUGCUUUUUGAGAAGAAGGCAUAG